AUGUUUCACUAUUUCAAAAGACAAACUGUAGAAAGAAGUGACAAAGUUGUGGAAGAGGGAGAAAGGAAAGACCUGCAGAAAGAGAAGGAAUCGGGAAACCUCUCUGGAGACGAUCAAGACAUCUCCUCAGGCUCCAUGUUGGCCAUAGAUGCCACCAUGGUAGUUAGUAGUGAUCCAGAGAAGAAUGGGAGUGAAGAGAGCUCUGAGGAAGAUUUCAUCUUGGCACCUGAAUUUGUCCUGGGACAUUUGGAACACUUGGAAGAAGCCCUGACAUGUCCUGAAGUCCCAACUGCCUACAUGACUUAUGCCAGUGACUACAACAGCCGUGAUGACAGUAAAGGUGACCAUUCUAUGCCUCCCCAGAAACAACUGCAGAAAGAAAAUGAAUCAGCACAGCUAUCUGAAGACAAUCGAGACAUCUCCUCAGGCUCCAUGUUGGCCAUAGAUGCCGCAAUGGUAGUUAGUAGCGAUCCAGAGAAGAAUGGAAGUGAAGAGAGCUCCGAGGAAGAAUUCAUCUUGGCACCCGAGUUUGUCCCGGGACAUUUGGAAUAUUUGGAAGAUGCCUUGAUGUGUCCUGACCUCCCAACUGUCUACCACACGUAUGCCAGUGACUACAGCAGCAGUGAUGACAGUGAAGGUGACCAUUCUAAUGAUGGCUACAAGAACCACGGCAGCAGCAGUGAUCAAAGUGACAAUCACUGCCAUGAGGCUGACGGCAGUGAUGUCUGCAACAAUGACAAUGUCAUCCUUCAGAAACAAGAAAUGGACCCUGGUGACUUGCAUCUUCACAUCCUCCAGAGUAAGGUAGAAUACAACUACACAAAGGUGGUUGAAGGAAAUGGAAAAUCUGUAGAAAGGAAAGAGGAGCAGGAAGAAGAGCACAAAGAGUCCAAAGCAAGAAGUCGAUGGAAAGAUCGGGAAGAUUCACCCUCAGGCUUCACUUUGGUUGAUGGCAUCUCCAUGUCUACUUUAAGAGACCCAGAAAUAGGUGCUACAAAUGAACAGAGUUUUAAUGAAGACAUCUUUGACGUUCAUGAUAAUCUUCUCUUAAUUCCCAAUCCGGCUCUUGAACAGAGUUUUAAUGAAGACAUCUUUGACGUUCAUGAUAAUCUUCUCUUAAUUCCCAGUCCGGCUCUUGUUGAAAGAGUGAAACCUGAGCCCUAUAUGCCAGAUGCUGUCCAUGUUUUUGCUUUCCUUGCUUUCCCUGUUUUCAUAGAGUUUGGAAAUGGCUGGUGA